AUGGGGCCCAGACGCUACGUUACGGUGGGUGAAGGCAUUCUUUAUAUCGGAAUUUAUGUCGGGGAAGCCGUCAGUGGUCAGAUUUCUACGGCCUUCCGGACGACAGGAACCAGCUGGCGGUGGGCGCUGAAAGGCGUGGGCAUCUUCGAAAUUGGGGUUGGUGUUGUUCUGCGCCUUAUUCUAUGGCACGAGACGCCCAGAGGAAAGGCGCUAGUCCAGGAGGACUUGCCCACAUGCCGCAUUCUUUAUAGGUAUUUGCAACACAUCUCUCUCAUGCGCUCCUUCUGGCUGUUUACUACUUCGGCCGGAGUGCGUACCCUGGCGGGCUCGGUGUUUGGAUACUGGUUGUACCCCAGCUCGCUGAAUAUCAUGUCCAACUACGGGAACGUUGUCGGGAUUGUAGGCUCGGUGGCGGCCCUGGCGGGAGGGGCCAUUACGUCCUUAUUUUGGCCUCGAACCAAGCUUACUCCUUUGUAUCUCGUCUCCGUCGGAGGGAUCUUCAGCUCUGUCUUCGUUUUACUCAUGGUUUUUUCCCGAGAUGUGGCAGGCGGGGCUGAGUCGACGGGUAUAAAUAUCCUUUACGGCCAUGGUAGCAGCGUAUAUUACUGCGGAGCUUUGGUUAGACAUGGUCAAUGGGCUUCUGGUGUUAAUGAUGCCAUCUGA